CCAUCUUGAGCUAGCAAAAGCCAAAACACAGUUCAGUCUUCAGUCAGGUUCAGUUUCAGUGUGGUGCUUUCACCACGACGAUAACUAUAAUUGGUGGUGUAUACACGGGGAAAGAACCCCGAGGAAAAGAGGAGGUGGAGCUCUGCAGAGAGACAGAAGUCAGAAACGAAACACGAGCGUGUACCUAUUAAAUACACUUAAAUGUGUUGUGUGUGCGGUGAAAAAUAAAAUAUAUAUACUUUAGUAGGUGUACCGAUGUACUCUGCUGAGGAUUGAGGAAUGGAAUAGGCAUCUCUCUGAAGAGUGAAGCUUAGCGGAGCGGAGCGAAAAAGAUUAAAAAAUGGCUAACGAUGCACCACGUGAGCGAGAAAUCGCUGCUGAGGACAGCAUCAAGGUUGUGUGUCGUUUCCGACCUUUAAAUGAUUCUGAAGAAAAGGCUGGAUCUAAGUUUAUCGUCAAAUUUCCAUCAGGUGGUGAAGAGAAUUGUAUUUCUAUUGGUGGAAAGGUGUAUCUGUUUGACAAAGUAUUCAAACCAAAUGCAACACAAGACAAAGUUUACAAUGAGGCAGCAAAGUCUAUUGUCACUGACGUACUUGCAGGAUACAAUGGAACAAUAUUCGCGUAUGGACAAACGUCCUCUGGUAAAACCCACACAAUGGAGGGUGUUCUUGGAGACCAGAACAAACAGGGCAUUAUCCCUCGAAUCGUCAAUGAUAUUUUUAAUCACAUUUAUGGUAUGGAAGAAAAUCUGGAAUUUCACAUCAAAGUAUCGUACUUUGAAAUUUAUAUGGACAAAAUUCGAGACCUACUCGAUGUGUCUAAAGUCAACCUCAGUGUGCAUGAAGAUAAGAACCGCGUUCCCUUCGUUAAGGGCGCGACAGAGCGUUUCGUUUCGAGUCCCGAAGAGGUGUUUGAGGUAAUCGAAGAAGGAAAAUCCAAUCGACAUAUUGCUGUGACAAAUAUGAACGAGCACAGCUCACGUUCACACUCGGUAUUUCUGAUUAAUGUCAAGCAAGAGAAUCUUGAAAAUCAGAAAAAAUUGUCGGGUAAACUGUACCUUGUGGAUUUAGCCGGUUCCGAGAAGGUUUCGAAAACUGGUGCAGAAGGCACGGUCCUCGAUGAGGCGAAAAAUAUCAACAAAUCCCUGUCUGCUCUCGGUAACGUUAUUUCGGCCUUAGCUGAUGGCAACAAGACACACAUACCAUACAGAGAUUCCAAACUGACGAGAAUUCUGCAAGAAUCGUUGGGAGGCAACGCAAGGACGACGAUCAUUAUUUGCUGCUCACCAGCUAGUUUCAACGAGUCUGAGACCAAGUCCACUUUAGACUUUGGCAAACGAGCCAAGACGAUUAAGAAUGUCGUUUGCGUGAAUGAAGAGUUGACGGCUGAAGAAUGGAAACGGCGAUAUGAGCGCGAAAAAGAAAAGGCCGGUCGUCUUCGAGGUAAAGUUGAAAAACUCGAAGCAGAGCUAUCACGCUGGCGACAGGGUGAGACUGUCAAGCCAGAAGAACAGUUCAGCUUGCAGGAUGUCCCAGAGGUUGUUACACCUGUUACCAGUACCAUUGAAGGUAUAUUUAGUUAGCAUCGAGCCGGUCUUAUGGUCGGCUCGCUGUCGAACGAAGAACGCCAGAAACUGGAGGAGGAGCGUGAGCGGCUGUACCAGCAGCUUGACGACAAAGACGAAGAAAUCAACCAGCAGUCACAGUUCGUCGAGAAGCUAAAGGAACAGUUGGAGGAGCAAGAGGAACUCAUCGCCAGUGCUCGUCGCGAUUACGAACAACUCCAGCAGGAGAUGAAUCGCAUCCAGCAAGAAAACGAGAGCGCUAAAGAGGAGGUCAAAGAGGUGUUGCAAGCUCUCGAGGAGCUCGCCGUUAACUACGACCAGAAAUCCCAGGAGGUCGAGGUCAAAAACAAGGAACACGAGACCCUGAUGGAGGAGCUUCUAACGAAGCAGACUGCACUCAACAGUACGGCUUCGGAGUUACAGCAGCUGCGUGACAUGUCAGCCCACCAGCGCAAACGUAUUGCGGAGAUGCUGACGAAUUUGCUGAAGGAUUUGGGCGAAAUUGGUGUCGCGAUCAGUGGCGACGAGAACCUCAAGGUAAUACCCGACAGUAAUGGCAAGCUCGAAGAAGAGUUUACAGUGGCUCGACUGUAUAUUAGCAAGAUGAAGUCAGAAGUAAAGAACCUCGUACAAAGAUGUCAAGGCCUCGAGUCCUCGCAGGUGGACUGCAACAAAAAGGUCUCCGAGUAUGAAAAAGAUUUGAGCGAGUGUCGGCUACUGAUCUCGCAACACGAGGCGCGCAUGCAGAGCCUGCAGGAAGCGAUGAAGGAAGCGGAAACACGAAAACGUGCCUUAGAGGAGGACGUGGACGCGAUGCGCGAAGAAUGCGCUAAGCUAAAGGCUGCCGAACAGGUACAGGCUGUAAGCAACAAAGAAAAGGCUGAAGAAAAAGAGGCUGCAACCAAGAUGAGGCUCGCUCUUGAGGAGCAGAUGGACCAGCUCCGCGAUGCGCAUCAGAAACAGGUCGCGACACUCAGGGACGAGAUAUCCGAGAAACAGGAGGUUAUCAGUGAGCUUAAGGAUAUAAACCAGAAAUUCACUCUGGCGCAUCAGCAAAUGCAGGCUGAUUACGAGCGAUUAAAGCAAGAAGAGGCUGACAAAUCGGUGAAGUUGCAAGAGCUUCUUUUGAUGAACGAGAGACGCGAACAGGCGCGAAAAGAUCUCAAAGGCUUGGAGGAUACCGUCUCCAAAGAACUUCAAACUUUGCAUAACCUGAGGAAACUAUUUGUGCAAGACCUACAAGCUAGAAUUAAGAAGUCAGUUAUCUCCGAAGAUAAUGAAGAUGAUGGUGGCUCACUUGCUCAAAGGCAAAAGAUUUCAUUUUUAGAAAACAACCUUGACCAAUUGACAAAGGUGCACAAACAGUUGGUGCGAGAUAACGCAGACCUGCGUUGCGAACUGCCUAAGCUAGAGAAGAGGCUGCGUGCAACGAUGGAGCGGGUGAAGGCUCUGGAGACGGCACUCCGCGAUGCCAAGGAGGGUGCGAUGCGUGAUCGCAAACGCUACCAGUACGAGGUGGAUAGGAUCAAGGAAGCGGUGCGACAAAAGAAUUUAGCUCGCCGUGGACCGAGUGCUCAAAUCGCCAAACCCAUUAGGGCUGGACAGCAUCAUGUUGGUGGAAUCAAUGCCAUCAGGACUGGUGGUAACCGAGAAUACGAGCGCAAGAGUGCUUUUGCAGACGACGAUAUGAAAGCAUUUCCAGGGAUGAAUUUUAUUUAUAAUUCGUACACAUAAGCCAGUCAAAGGAAGGAAAAAUAAUCAAGUAAAUCUUGGGGUACUUGCAAAACAUUCAAGUAUAAAAUAAAAUAAGAUGAACGUCUUGAACAAGUGCUGCGAUUCUGAAAAUCGCGUAAAAUGAAUGUUUAAGCGGAAUCUUUUUAUUUAAGCUAUUUUUAGCUACAAAUAAUUAAUCGCGAUCGGUAAUUAUUGUUAUUAGUACUACGACUAAUUACUGCCAAUUACUGUUAGUACUACUACUAUUAAUUAUUGAUCCAUCAUUAUUGCAAAUCUUGUGUAGAAGAUGAAAUAUGCACUCACAAGGAGCACCGCAUUGAUAUAAUUUUUGAGCGUUUCUAGCUUGAUUAUUAUCGUCAUAAUGCAAUACGUGAUCACAUGCGACCGUCACAUUAAAACAAUUUUUAUUUUUUGUGCGAUGGUUUGUCACUUUGGUGAUAUGCAAAUGCUCGAGCUACGCCAGGGUCAACAUAGAAAUGAAAGCUAGAAUCAAUUAAAUGCAAUGCAUAACAAAAAAAUAUAAUACGGUGUAUAUGCGUGUGCAUGGACCGAGUGAGUUAAACAUUUAUAUAUACACACCCACUAUAUGCCCUGUCUAUUUGUACAUAGCUCGUUUUUUUAAUAAAUUUUAUUUCUAUUAUUAUUAUUUAACUGAAUGGAAUUAUAAACUGCGGUUAAGAGUCGGUUAAAGUGAAACAAAUAAAUAGUUAUACAAUAAACACCAAUGUGAAAAAAAAGAUCACGCGAUGUGCACGAGAUAAAAUGUGUAAUAAUAAAAGUGGACUGUAAUAGAAUUUAAUAAUGUGCAAAGCUUAGCGUAUUUUAAGGAAAACAAAAAAAAAUAUUCAUAGAAGUAUUUAAAAAAAAAAAGAAUGCAAAAAAAACUAAAUAAUGAAGAUACAUAUAGCAAAGCUAUUAAAACUGCAUUUUGCACCAAAGCUUUUACAUCAAUCGCCGAUGUUUCUUCGAUCGCUUUGUUCCUACCUAACUCUCAAAGUGCUACUGUAACUUGUCAUUUUUUUUUUUUUUUUUUUUUUUUUUUUUUUAUGUGUACAUUCAACUAAAAAUCGUACAUACACCGAAAAUCAUACAGUGCACCGUUCGCGACGUUUAUACUUUGCCUCUAGACAAAUGAAAAAGCCCUCAACACACAUGGACAGCGUACAAAGUGAUUGAAGUUAUCGAAGUGGCGUCUUUCUUGGUGUACCGUAAAAUAAAAUCCACAGAGGCAGCUUAUACCUAUAGUUCAAUUUCCGAGUGCGACGAGCGUCUAGCGAAGUCGAUUGUUCACGCCUCGUUUUCUAAUAUAUGAAUGGAGAGUUCGCUUGACUUGUGGUCAAGUUCUGUCAAACCCAUCCAAUCUCUUGAUGGCUAUACAAGUACUUGUAUGGCCAAAAGAGCGAGGCUACUAUUUGAAACACCAGAAAUAGUCGAACGCGGCUCGUUUGCGGGUGCAGGUGCGUAUGGCUGAGAAGAGGAUAUACAUAAAUAAAUAAUUAUCAGUCUUGCUUUCGUCCACGUCGUAUUGAAGGUAUGUCAUUACGCUGUUGCGGCCUUUAUCUACGAUUCAACUUCAUUGCGUGAGUGCUCGAACCCACUUUUCUGUUCCUCUGUACGCAUUUUGCACUUUACGAACGUUUAUUUGAAACGUUAGUGACGAGAGGCAUUUUUAUCAUAAUUUUUUUUUUUUUUUUUUUUUUUUUUUUCAUUGCGCGUUAUCGCGCUAGUUAAAUUAAUUUAUGCAUACCGAGAUUUAUUUGCUUCUUUUCAGGCGUCUGCCAAUAUAUGCGAAUAAACAUUGGAGCACGCGCGUUGAAUGCUUUUUUUGUGCACGACUUAGUAAUUUUAUGCGAAUACCAUACAUGAAAAUAUGCAUUUGUUGUGUAAGCGAAUGUUUCGAUUUUAGCGCCAAAUGUUGCUUCCGCCAGUUUAUUGAAAAUCAUAAGUAAUGUCGCGAAUUUCAAAGAGUAUUGAUUGAUUGAUUGGUUACGAAAAAUUGUAUUUUAAAAAUAUGUUAUUUUGUGCAUCGUCGAGAAAAGUUUUGCUUGUUUCAAGUAUUCUUUUACAAAUUAAGUGAAGGAAGUCUUUGACGUCACUAUCGAAUUGCUCGCAAGACUGCCUCGGUCGUCGCCCUUCUUUUUUUUUCUCUUUUAUUUUCUCGAGAAGCGAACGUGCUUUUCGCAUAGACAAAAGGGACAUAGCUUUAUCCGUAAUUUAUUGUAGCGAGUAAAUUUCGCGCCACGUACUUGAUUGAUGCGAUUAAAUAAUUAAACACUUUAUAAGUACAUAGUAAAGAAUUACCCGUUAUGUUUAGCGAACGCCAAGGGAAAAGUUGUGGAGCGACGUGACUUUGUAUUAAUUAAUGAUGUUAAGAGUGGCGAUCCCACGGUAGGAUUCAAUGUCUCGACUUUCAGAAUAUUUAUUUUUAUCUCGUAAUUGUAACACACUAUGUGCUUAAUAAAUAUUUUGCAUAAAUUCAAAA